AUGGACUCAAACUUAGAAACAUUGAGUCGUCUUUCAUUAGACUUAUUAGAUUUUCUUCAAAAUAAUGAUCACGAAUGUUUAACACUAAUUGCGGAUUCAUUUCCCGAGUAUUAUUCUCGCAAAGAAUUUGAUGUUACGUUAAGAAUUGGACAUUUGCCGGAUGUAGAAGAGUUCUAUUGUAAUUCGGAUGUGUUGACUUCCCAAUCCCAAUAUUUUCGAACAGCUUUAUCUCACAACUAUAUUACGAAGGAUGGUGGUUCUAUAAUUAUUGAAGAACCUAUGGUCACUCCAAAUGCAUUUCGAAUGUUACUUAGACUUCUUUAUAAAAAUGAGGUUGACUUGAAUACAUUGGAUGGAACCCUUUUUAUAGAUCUCAUUAAAGCAGCCGAACAUUUUGGCUUAAAUGAUAUACGAGAUAGAUUGAAACAUCAGAUGAUAGAAUGUGAGCCAUCAUGGCUAGAAAAAAACUUUGUGAAAAUUAUUAAUAGUAUUUUCAUUGACGAUAAUGACGAAAUAAUCGAAGCAAUUCAACAUCAACUUAUUCAUAAAAUUAGCGCCAAUCCUUCAUAUUUAUUAAAAGCAGAUGACUUGGGUAAUUUGAAAGAAACAAGUUUUUCCAUGAUUUUAAGUGAUAUUCGCUUUUUUAUGAAUCAAGGUAUCGCUUGGGAUAUCUUAAUUUUAUGGGGAAUUCGACAAAAUCAGACAUUAAAGCAGGAUAUUCCUUUGUGGUCUUUCGGAGAUUGGACAUUGCUUAAAGAUGCAGUGAAAAACAUUAUUAGUUUUAUAAAAUUUGAUCGAAUCUCUCGAAACGAUUUUUAUGGAAAAAUAGUUCCAUUCAGCAAAAUUAUCCCACAGAAUAUGAGUAGUCGUGCAUUACAACACUAUCUUGACAAAGAUGUUAGGUCCAGAUACAAUGAUAUAUUUCGACGAGUUUUUCUUGAUGAUUCGACUUUAAUAAACCAUUAUCAUGCAGAUUUUAUUUUAAAAUGGAUAGAUAACCGUCUAAGAAAUAGUCAAUCUUUAAAAAAACGUAGAACUAUAAAACGGUUAUUUACGUUUCAAAAAUUUAAUACUAAACUCCUUAAACAAAAACAACCAUUUUCGGCACCUCGUAAAUUCAACCUCAUAUAUCGAAUCACUUCUCAACAAUGUACAGAAAAUUCCGUAAAAAAUUACAAGGAACAUUGUAUUAACCGUCCUAACACUUUAGUAUUGGCAAAGGUUCAAGGAUCAAAUACAAUUAUUGGUGGAUUCUCACCAAAUGGUUUAGACAUUGAUUUUUUAUCACUUUGCGCACCAGCAAUUGAUAAUAGUUUCUUAUUUUGUUUUACAAAUGGUGAACCAAAUACUGAUUCUAUUGUUAGUAGAAUGAAAAAUGGCAAUAAUAUUAAUAUUUAUGAUAUUGAUAAUUCUUCCAAUUCUUGUUUUUGGGUCGGGCCAAAAUUUGGUAUUAAAGAUUUAAUUAUUGACAUAAAUACAAUGAAAUGUAUUUGUCAACCACAGUACUAUAAUAGCAUUUAUACUGGUAAAGAAUUUAAUAUUGAUGAAUGUGAAAUAAUUCAAAUCAAUAAUUGUUAA